AUGACACUUCCAGUUCUAAUUGUCGGCGCCGGACCAGCAGGGCUCGUUUCAGCGCUUUCUUUGGCACAAAGUGGCAUCCAAGUUCGCAUCGUCGACAAAUCCGAUAGUUUUCAUGUCGGUUCUCGGGGUUUUGGGGUACAAUCCCGGACCUUUGAACUAUUCCAGCACCUAGGUAUCAUAGACGAUAUCCAGAAGCUGGCUACGCCAAUCCCCACUAUGCGCGCUUACAAACUGCCUGGUGGUACUGUGCCUGUCGAAACUUGGGAUUUGUAUGAGAAGAGUGGCGUAUGGCCUGAUCGACCCUAUGCAAAUGGCGCAUGUCUUACAAGUGUGGCGUUUCCCGUCGAGCUCAACAAAGGUCUUGUGGCCAUCGAACAAGAUGAAAAGGCCAUUAUAGCUACACUUGUUGUUUUUCGGAAUGGUGUAGCCACCGAAGAAAAGGAAGAUGUUGUGGCGCAAUAUCUUAUCGGAUCAGAUGGUGCCAAAGGCAAUUCUAGGAAAUUACUAGGCCUAACGUUUCAAGGCGAAACACGCGAUGCAGAUGGCAUGGUCUGGGGAGACGUAACAAUUAAAGGAUUGACUAGCGAAUUUUGGCAUAUCUGGGGAAAACCUGGCCAUUUUACUAUCAUGGCACGUCCCCUAGGUCCGACAGGCGACAAGUUUGGCAUUGGAAUUACAGGCCAGAACUUCGACCCUACUCAUCACGCUGAUCCGGUAAAGGCCAUCGAGUUCAUCAAAGCCGAGACCGGGCGCGAUGAUCUUGAGUUUGGCGAGUUUACGUGCCUCUCUCAUUUCAGGCCAAACAUGCGUAUGGUCAACAAAUUUCAAGAAGGACGCGCUUUUGUUGUGGGCGAUUCGGCGCACGUCCACUCGCCUACUGGCGGUCAAGGUAUGAACUGCAGCGUCCAGGAUGCGUCCAACCUCGCAUGGAAAUUAUCUCUUGUACUCAAAGGUCUCGCAUCGCCUGCUCUCCUCUCGACGUACAAUGAGGAGCGCUUACCUGUCAUCACACAAAUGCUCCACGCUACUACCCAGCUAUACACACAUACCGUAGCGAAGGAAAAACAGGUCAAGGAUACAAAGGAGGACGAGAAGGCGUCAGGAUGGUUCCGGUGGAGAAAUACUGCCCUGGAGAUGUACGGUAUCAAUUACCGGUACAGCAGCAUCGUGCUGGAAGAGCGAGGCAUGGAACCACAAGAUGCUGAAGACGUCCUUGCGCAUGCGUACUCUGGAUAUGAAGGUCGAGGGUCGCUGCGUGCGGGAGAUCGGGCACCCGACGCACCGCUCGGAGGGACAACUUUGUUCAAUUUGUUCAAGUCGACGGUUCAUACUGUGCUCAUCUUCUCCAAGUGGAGUGCGGAUAUCGAGAUGGGUUUGAGGACGCUACCUUCUGCAGUUGUUCAGACGUUCGUUAUCACCAACUCGAACAUGCAGCUGGGAGGUGUUUCUGUGCUAGUUGAUAAUGACGGACACGCCAGGAAGGCUUAUAUGGUGGAGGAGGGUUCUCCGGCGAUUGUGAUUGUUCGUCCGGACUCUUUCAUUGGUGCCAUUGUCACAGGUGUCGGAGGUGUUAAGCGGUAUUUUUCCAAGGUUUUGGUUUGA